AUGAACGGUCCGGGUGAGUAUGCUGGAGGUGUGAUUAUCCUUAGAGCGAGAGCGCUUCUAAAGGAAGGAAAACUACCCAAUAAACUAUGGCCAGAAGCAGUAAAAGCGGCAAAGAUGGGACUUAGAUAUAAAUCUGGAUACCGCACCGUGGUCAGGUCAGGAUGGUCCGAGACGCAGUUUUUGAUGAAAACCGACGUUUUUUGGCAGAGAACCAUGACCCGGAUGAAGGGGUAA